AUGAUCGUACUCCAGGCACUCCAGGUUCUCCAGGUACUCCAGAUACUCAAGGUAGCUCAAGGUUAUUCAUGUACUUCAUAUACUCCAGAUACCCAAUUUACUGAAGGUACUCCAGGUAAUCCGGAUACUCCAGGUACUUCAGGUACGUUAAGUACUCCAGAUAUCUUAGGUACUACAGAUACUCCAGAUAUUUCAGGUACUCCAGGUACUCCAGGUACUCCAGGUACUCCAUGUACUCCAGAUACUCAAGGUACUCCAGAUACCCUAGGUGCUCCAGGCACUCCAGGUACUCCAGAUACUCCAGAUAUUCUGCAGGUUUUCCAAGUAUUUUAG